AUGUAUGACGAAGACGACGCUUUCAUGGACGAGUAUCAGACUACGAGGAUCACUAUCACCGACCACCGCCCCAGUUCUCAAAUAACCAACAUUAUGGCCACCAUCCACGACAGUAUGCAACAUCUGACUUUGGUGGAAGAGGCCGUGGUCUCCGCUCCCAAUUUCGAGGACAUGCUCGUCCGUAUGACUCUAAUGGCUACUAUGGCCGAGGAAACGAAGGGUUCACUGGGCAUGGCCCUCGCAGGGUUGGACGCGGGCAUUCGGAGAAUGGCGAUGAAGAGCGAUUCACAGAUGGUGGCGUGUUACGUCGACGACACCCUAGUGAGGGCCGUGGAUUCUGAAGGGUCCUCAACAGAGGAGGAGGAGUUUUGA